CCCGAUAAAACACAGCCUUGCUAGUAGCGGAUUCAUUUCUGUUCGUCUGCGAACAAGCAUUCCACACCCCGUCGGACGCCGUCCGCCGUUGUCAGCGUUGUUCUCGGGCAAGCAGCGAAGAAGGUUCGAACCUAGGGCUUUCUCUGCUCCCAAAAGCUGCCCUGCGUAACAACAGAAAUGGCAGUGAGAUUCGCUAUGCUUAAAAACACCGGAAGGAAAAUGGUUAACAUGCUAGGAAUCAAAAGGUGGACCCAUUCCAAUGCCCAACCACCGCCUUUAGCUGGAAUUAUUAACCAUGAGGUUUCUUCACCUCAAUUUGUUUUGCCUGAGUUUAGUUUCCCAAGUUUCUCUUUUGCUGGAUCUAUGGAGCUUAUGGCUGUCCCAAAAAAGAAGGUUUCUCCUCAUAAAAGAGGAAUAAGAAAUGGACCAAAAGCUUUAAAACCUAUUCCGGUAAUAGUCCGAUGCAGAAGUUGUGGCCGCGUCAAGCUCCCACACUUCUUCUGUUGCAGUGGGAAUAGGAGUAAUAGUGGUGACCAAAAUGGUUCAGCCAAUUGAUCACUACUUUUGAAGCAUAGUAUCACGGUCUUAGAACUUCUCCAACCAGUUGCUAAACUAACCAAAGCCAAGCUUGACUUCUCUCCUGCUCCAGUCUCUCUUCUUUUCUUGUUCCGUCUAUAGAUUGUUCAAAUUAGAUUUCAAAUUAAUGUCAUUUUUAUGGGAAGGAUUUUUAUGAUAGAACUUGUUACGCUAAUGGAUGCCUUAUGCAAGAGAUUUUGUUCCUUUGA